AUGAGAACACCUCAAUUUCAACUGCCUCUGCAUAGAUUAUUCCCCCGAUAUUUCCAUCCUCGAAGGCCAUUAUUUUCUCCCAUUGGUAUUGACAAACCGUCAAUUAACACUCAAAUACGGACCAUCAAAUCCAUUGGAAAGACCCAAGGACGGUUGAUAAUACUUGUGCAGGCUCAGGAUGGGCAGGUAAUUGUAGUGGAAUCGAGUCAGGAUCGACUAUCAUCUUCAUUGUUCGCUCAUCGAUCUGUCCGAAUAUUCUUUGUCGCAGGCUAUAAACUUCUCCAAGACAUCGACACGAAACAUUAUGAAGUUGUAGUUAUUUCUCCAAGGAAUUAUUUCGUAUUCACACCACUACUCGCUAGCACGUCAGUCGGUACAUUAGAGUUUAGAUGCAUUACCGAGCCAGUAAGAAGAUACUUGUCCAAUGUGAAGUUUUACCAGGCGUAUGCCGAUAGUGUUGAUUGGCUUACAAACACGAUUCACUGCACAUCAAAUCUCGAGAGAAAACGCGACAAGUUCGCUAUCGAAUUCGACAAUCUCGUCAUCGCAGUCGGCGCCAAUUCCAACACAUUUGGCAUUCCUGGUGUAGGUGAUCACGCGUUGUUUCUAAAGGAUAUCUCAGAUGCGCGGAGGAUCCGCCAGCGUGUAAUAGAAUGCUUUGAACAUGCUUCUCAGCCGGGCGUUACGGACGAGGAAAUUUUUGGAGCGUUGCAUUUUGUUGUUGUCGGUGGCGGACCUACCGGGAUUGAAUUCAGUGCAGAGUUACAUGACUUUAUCGUGGAAGAUAUGGCCCGAUUAUAUCCACAACUGAUGGCAAAAACAAGAAUGACCGUCUAUGACGUCGCUCCAGAAAUUCUUGGAUCAUUUGAUGUCGGGCUACGCGAAUAUGCCGCGAAAAAAUUCACGAGAAAAGGGAUACGUAUUAAGACCAAGCGUAGAGUGUUGGAGGUUAAGGAGAGAACGUUAGUUAUCAAAGGAGAAAAAGAGGUGUCAUACGGUCUGCUAGUCUGGGCAACCGGCCUGUCAGACAAUCCUUUCACUCGCGCAGUCGGUGAUCGAAUAAUGAAGGAUCAGUCUGCCAAGCGCCUCUUGACAGAUCAUUAUCUGCAAGUACUAGACAAGGAUACCGGAGCACCGAUAGAGAAUGUAUAUGCCCUCGGAGAUUGUGCGACGAUAAAAGAUUAUGAUUUACCUGCUACAGCGCAGGUUGCGAAUCAGAAGGCGGUUUAUUUGAGAAAGCUGAUUAAUAAACUCGGACGAGACCCAUUGGCUGAAGUCAAGCCAUUCAAAUUCUUUAAUAUGGGAAGGUAA